AUGCGAGCUUAUUCGGAUUCAACGGUGGCACUGGCAUGGAUUGCUGGUGGUGCUUCGAGGUGGAAGACUUUCAUUGCCAAUCGAGUGGCAGAAAUAACCACCCAUCUUCCUGCAAUCAACUGGCAACACGUGGACACGCAACAUAACCCAGCCGACCUGAUUUCAAGAGGAGCUUCGCCAGACAAAAUAAUUAAGAAUUCGCUUUGGUGGCAUGGCCCGACCUGGUGCGGCUCUAAUGAUGGUGGGGACAACCUGCCCAUUGUUGGUCUUAAUGCUGCUCAGCAACGACAGGUAGAUAGGGAGCAACGCAUUGCAGCAACCGUGUAUCUAGCUGUUUAUGAGAACAACUUUCUCGACGAGAUGCUGAACAGGUACUACCCGAAUAUGCAGCUUCUUUUGCGCAUCACCGCUCGUAUACUGCGCUUUCGCCACCGAGCCAAUAGAGUGGAAUCCCGUUUAACACCGCUCGAAAUUGACAACGCAAUGCAAAUCUUCGUGAGGCACGUUCAGAAUCAACACUAUGGUAAGGAGAUCAACCAACUUGAUAAGAAUCGUGACGUCAAUUGCACCAGCUCUCUUUGCCAAUUUAAACCGUUCUUGGAUGAAAAUCAUCUGCUCAGGGUGGGCGGCAGACUGCAAUUAUCAGAUCUCAGCUACGAUACGAGGCAUCCGAUCUUGUUGCCUCACAAUUCAGUUCUCACCGCACUUGUUCUUCACCACGAGCACCAUGCGCAACUUCAUUGUGGUCCACAAUCGCUUUUGGCAGCAGUACGCAGACGUUUUUGGAUCACUCGUGGGACGAGUGCAGCCCGAAAGACCUGUCGAGCAUGCGUUGAAUGCGUUCGAGCGAAGCCUGUACCAGUUCAUCAGCUCAUGGGACAACUUCCAGAGGACCGCUUGAAACCACUACCACCCUUUUCCAUCACCGGCAUUGACUACGCUGGGCCCGUCAACAUCAUCGGUCGUCGAACCCGUGGUGCUGCGGCCACUAAGGGCUACAUCGCACUGUUCGUAUGCUUUUCAACACGAGCCGUGCAUCUAGAAGCAGUUACCGACCUCAGCACGACUGCCUUCAUCGCCGCUUUCACUCGCUUUAGCAGUCGGUACGGAUUACCAAACAAAAUUUAUUCGGACAACGCUACUAACCUUCGGGGAGCGGCAAGGAAGUUUCGUGAACUAUAUCAACAGAUCAACACAACAGAGAGUGACGAUGAGAUUGUUGAUUUUUUCACCAACAAAGGCAUCCAGUGGAUGUUCAUUCCUGCCCGGUCGCCUCACCACGGGGGACUGUGGGAAGCUGGCAUCAAGGUUGCGAAGGGCUUCCUGACUAAGCUCGGAGGUGACGCUCGUUUCACGUUCGAGGAGCUGAGUACCGUUCUCGCACAAGUAGCAGCCUGCAUGAACUCUCGUCCGAUCACUCCACUCUCCAAUGAUCCCAACGAGCCACAACCUCUCACGCCGGCGCACUUUCUCAUCGGGCGCCCACUAAACACUGUUCCUGAGUUAAACCAGUUGGAGCGUGAGGUUGGAUCCCUAAAUAGGUGGCAGUAUGUUCAACGAGUCAGCCAAGAAUUCAGAUCUCGGUGGCAGUCCGAGUACGUUCUAUCUCUUCAGCGUAUGACGAAAUGGAAGCGAGCGGCACGGAAUCUUUCAGUGGGUGAUUUUGUCCUUUUAGUCACCGACAACGAAAAACCCAAGCAAUGGCCAAUGGGUCGAGUCGUGGAUGUGUUCCCAGGGCCCGACGGACACGUUAGGGUGGUUGAAAUUAAGACGACAAACGGUACUACCCUGCGGGAUGUGAGAAGAGUCCGGCGCAUCCCUUUGGAGGACGACGAGUACGUGCCCGGACGAAAUGGGGUGGAAAUUCCUCGACGUAAUUUGGUGGGCGGCUUAUGUCGUGGCCUGAUUUAA